GCGGAGACUUUGAACCCGGUCGUCCUGUUUCGUUGCUUUUUUGUUGUUGUUUUGGGGACCAACCGACGGAGCCACAGAAGGCCCAAACCCGAACAAAAACACACCUGCCGCAGGUCUCCUCUCUGCCAGUCUCCUCUCUGUUUAACCGCAUUCAAACCGACGUCCUCGGCCCACCAGAUAGUGUUAUAACUGCUUAUAACUGUCCCCGUAAAGGCGUUCUUACGUGGCUGUUAGCCUGGUUAGCUCUCACGCUAACUUCCCUAUGUAUUCCUAUAGAGUUAGCUGUUAGCUUACGUGCACUACUCGGCUAGCACGUAGCUCCUGACACAUUUCACAGCUAACAAGGUAACGCCAGCUAAUAUGUAUUAUUCAUAGGGGACUUACAAACUCAACUGAAAUCAAGGUGACACGCGGGAUGUUUGGUGCUAACCGAAAGAAGUUUAUGGAGGGAGGGAUAGAGAGCGAUUACGCGGACGACUCCAGCCUCUACUACACCCAACAGUCCAUGUUCCCUCCACACCGCCCGGACAAAGACAUGCUGACGUCUUCCUCUGCUUCCUCAACGGGUCAACUGUCACAGCUAGGAGCCAGCCUCUAUGGCCCGCAGAGUGCUUUGGGGUUUCCCAUGCGUGGUAUGAACAGCAGCGCAGCACCUCAGUUAAGUAGAAGUGGGUUGAACCCGUCUGCCAGCCAGCUCCCCAGUCAUGCCAGUACACCCAACACCGGCACGAUGCACACGCCUCCCUCACCGAGCAGGGGUAUUCUUCCAAUGAGCACCCGAAGCGUGCUGAACCACAGCCAGCAGGUGGGGGGUCCGACGGGGCAGACGGGUGGGAUGGGCGGGGUGGGAGUGGAGAGGGGAGGAGGUGGCGGAGUCGGAGGAGGGAGGAGCAGCGGCAUGGGGAGUCCCAGCCGGUCGUCGCCUAGCAUCAUCGGCAUGCCCAAACAGCAGCAAGCACGGCAGCCUUUCACUAUCAACAGUAUGUCGGGGUUCGGUGUGAACAGGAAUCCAGGCUACAACAUGAACAACUCCCUACCCAACAACAUCUUCAAUGGCACAGACGGCAGUGAGAAUGUGACGGGGUUGGAUCUGUCGGACUUCCCAGCGUUAGCAGACAGAAGUCGGAGGGAUGGAGGCUCAAAUCCCACCCCACUGCUCAAUCCGCUGGCCGGUCGGGCUCCGUACGAAAUCGAGACUCAUCAGACCAGGCAACAUUUUUCCAGUCUUCAACUGUCCAAUUUUGUUGGCAUGGUGACCAAGCCGUCCAGUGAGCAGUCGCAGGACUUCUCCAUUCAUAACGAAGACUUCCCAGCUCUCCCUGGGCCAAACUACCAAACAAAAGACCCCACCAGCACCAACGAAGACAGCAAAACGCGCUCUCUCGUCCUGACUCGUCCCAUUUUUUCGGACUGUUUUUUCCCUCCGUUUUUGUCCAAUCAGAAUCUGAACUCAUCGGGAAAGCCCGCCUCUAACUCAGAUGGUCCAAAGUUCCCCGGAGACAAGAGCUCAGCGCCUAGCAACAACAACCAGCAGAAGAAAGGGAUUCAAGUGCUCCCUGACGGGCGUGUGACCAACAUCCCAAUCGGCAUGGUAACGGACCAGUUUGGGAUGAUCGGCUUGCUGACGUUCAUCCGGGCAGCAGAGACGGACCCCGGCAUGGUCCACCUAGCGCUGGGCUCCGACCUCACCACGCUCGGUCUCAACCUCAACUCACCGGAGAAUCUCUAUCCUAAGUUUGCGUCUCCGUGGGCGUCGGCUCCGUGUCGACCGCAGGACAUAGACUUCCACGUCCCCUCAGAGUAUUUAACCAACAUCCACAUAAGGGACAAGUUAGCAGCUAUCAAGUUGUCUCGGUAUGGUGAAGAUCUGCUGUUUUAUCUCUACUAUAUGAACGGAGGAGACCUACUACAACUCCUGGCUGCAGUAGAACUCUUUAACAGGGACUGGAGGUACCAUAAAGAGGAGCGGGUUUGGAUCACCCGGGCUCCGGGGAUGGAGCCCACGCUGAAGACCAACGCCUACGAGAGAGGGACCUACUACUUCUUCGACUGCCUCAACUGGAGGAAAGUGGCCAAGGAGUUUCAUCUGGAGUAUGACAAACUAGAAGAGCGACCUCACGUUCCCUCCACAUUCAACUACAAUCCUGCCCAGCAGGCCUUCUGAUUGGCUCUACCUCCUGCCUGCCUGCCUGCCAUUGGCCCUCCUGGGUCAUCACUCAUCGCCCCUCUAGGUUUUUCCACCUCCACACACUCAAAAGUGAAUCUGGCCAAUAAGGACUCGGGACGGGAGAGGACGUCCUGGCUCCUGCUCUCUCUCCCAAAACACAUUUCUGAAUAGACUCUAUGAUUUUAACUUUUUCGGAUUAUUUCUUUGUUCUUUACCUCAUUUUCUGUUCUGUUUUUUAUUUCCCACUCCUCCCUCCCUCCAUGAGUUUGGUUCGGACUUAAUGUCGACAGACAGCACAAACAAACACGGACACAAGCACUGUAAAUAACUGUCCCUCUGAUCGAGUGAUUCGUGUUUCUAUCACGUCUUAAGAAUUUGACUAUUUUUGUCUAAGAGAAGCUUUUAAAGAAGAACCAGAUUUUAAACACAGAACACAGAAAUCAAUCACCCCUCAGGCGGAUAAUUAUUUUGCACCGUGCACACACUGUGUCGCACCCCUCUGGUCUUUGGCAGGAAAAUAUUUAGCAUUUUUCUCCAUUUUUACCAGGUUUUUCCAGCAGCAUUACAAACACACACACACACACACACACACACACGUCAGCAGACAGCGGACAGUCAGGAGAGGAAAUGCAAUGUACAUUGUAGCACUAUUUCAUAAUAAAAGA